CAAUAGCCAUCAAGUAGCACGAGGUAAUCAAGUGUGUUCGAAUGUAACAGCAGAAGAAUUUCACUACGUCGUUCCAGCUUUUAAACAUGCUAUGAUGUUACCAGCACGAUAACCAACAGCAUCAUCAUUAUCAUACUUGUAACCUGUGCGUACAAAUCGAUCAAUCUGAUUGAUCUGAUCGAUCAAUUGAUUUAGUCUUCGUUCAUCAAGUGAUUAUUUUAUACCAGUUUUCUUUAUGUUUAAUCAAUUUUGGGGUAAUAAUUGAAGGGUGAUUGUUAAUAUUAUCAAAUUGUACAAAUUUUUAUCAAAGUUUUUCUUCACAAUGGUUCGUAGUGCCAAUAUUUUUAUCGGACUCUGUUUUGUAUUGACUUUAUUCAGAGAUGUCGUUUGUGCAAUACCACCAUACAUAAAAAUAUGUAACAGGCACGAUCCAAAAAUAAACGAUUGUAUUUUGGAUUCGAUCAACCAACUUCAUGAAAAACUAGCUAUAGGAAUUCCAGAACUUGAUGUUCCACCAUUGGAACCAUUUAAAUUAAACGAAAUUCGAUUAUUGAGAGGACCCAAUGCUGCAAAACUUGACGUCAAUCUAACUGAUCUUCAAGUAUGGGGAGCAUCAAAAUUUGUUCUAUCAGAUUUGACAACAAAUGUCGAUGACGUAAUAUUCACAUUCAGACUACACUUUCCAGUGCUCACUUUUAAUGGAAAAUAUCAAAUAGAUUCUAAAUUACUUUUGUUGCAUCUUUCUGGAGAUGGAGAUUUAGAUGGCAGCUUCAAUGACUACGAUUCGAACAUUGUAUUAAAAGGACAGAAAAUUCGUCGAAACGAUAAAAUUUAUGUACAAUUCGAAAAAAUGAAAAUAAAAAUCAAAAUUGGCAAUGCGAACGUUUAUCUCAAAAAUUUAUUCAAUGGUGAUCCAGUAUUAGGAAAAAUCAGUAAUGAUGUUAUCAAAAGCAAUAGUGGAUUAUUGAUAGAUGAGAUUAAACCAGAACUUGAGAAAUCAUUAUCUACUGUGCUAACCAAUAUUGCGAAUAAAGUUGUCGAAGCUUUUACGUACGACGAACUGUUUCCAGUAAAUUAAUUAAAUUCUAGAAAUAAUAUAGAAAUUAAUGAACUUUUAUUAUGUUCGAUUAAUAAAUUAAUUAA